AUGCCUUUUAACAAACCAUGGGUCAUCUUCCAAAAGCUGGUUGGUGACGGCCUCAUCUUCCAUGAUCACAGCGUACAAGUUUUCCUUAGAUUUCACCACUUUGACAAGACCCAUAUUGUUCCUAAGGACGCAGAGGACCUCCUUGACAACAAAUUGGGGGAGGGGGAAGAGUUCGUGGUUUGUGAUAUAUGGAGGCCAACAAGGGUGAUAAAGUGCUCUGGCCGAUCUUCUAAAUCCAAGGAGUUCUCAAAGACUAUGGACAUCACUUCUUCGUAA